AUGAAUAUCUAUCUAUCUAUCUAUCUAUCUAUCUAUCUAUUAAAAUAUGUAUGCCAAAAAUCUUUUCUUUCUUUCUUUCUUUCUUUCUUUCUUUCUUUCUUUCUUUCUUCUCCCACCAUCUGUCUUUCUGCUUCUUUCUCAUUUACUAUAUGUAUAUAUUACUUUCAAAGAAGUCAACAUUGUUUUACUCCAAAUUCCUCCUUUCUUUCCUUCUUUCUUUCCUUAUUUCAUUCUUUCUUUCCUUCUUUCUUUUCUUCAAUCUUUGUUUGUUUGUUUCUUUCUUUCUUUUCUUAUUUCAUUCUUUUUCCUUCUUUCUUUCCUUUCUUUCCUUCUUCUCUCUUUCUUUCAUUCUUUCCUUAUUUCAUUCUUUCUUUACUUAUUUCUUUUCUUUUUUUCAAUCUUCUCUCUUUCUUUCUUUCUUUCUUUCCUUAUUUCUGUCUUUCUUUCUUUCCUUAUUUCAUUCUUUCUUUACUUCUUUCUUUUCUUUCUUUCUUUCUCUUUCUUUCUUUCUUUCUUUCUCUUUCUUUCUUUCUUUCUUUCUUUACUUAUUUCUACAAAACACUUUUUUCUUUUUCGCUACUGCAUUUCUUCAUUUGUUUCAUCUUCACUCUUUUUCUUUCUUCUUUUUCUCUCUUUAUUUUCUUUGUUUCUUAUUUUUCAUCAAAUUAUUUUCCUUCUUUUUCUUUUUUUGAAACUUUCUCUUUUCCUUUUUUUCACGCUUUUCUUCCAAUCCUACUUUUCAUAAUUUUAUCUGAAUACUUCAUUUUCCUUUUAACAUUUUUUUUUUCAUUUUCUCUCCCCCAUUCUCAAACCUUUAGUCCUUUUUUUCCCUUUUUCUGUUUUUAUUAUUCACUUCCUUCUUUCCUUCUCGCUUUUAGUUUUUACUUCCUGUGUUUAUAUUCUUUUUUUUCUUCUUUUAUUUCACGUAUCCUAAUCCUGUAUCCUUUCAUUUUCCUUUUUCUUUUAUUCUUUCUGUUCUUCUUUUAUUUCACUAAUCCUAAUCCUAUAUCCUUUCCUUUUUCUUUUUCUUUUAUUCUUUCUUUUCUUCUUUUAUUUCACUAA